AGAGAAGCUGUCGAUGCCCCAUCCCUGGCAGUAUUCAAAGCCACACUGGAUGGAGCCUUGAGCAGUGUGGUCUAGCGAGAGGCGUCCCUUCCCGUAGCACAGGGGCUGGACCUAGAUGAACUUCAAAGAUCCAUUUCAGCCCUUUUCCGUUCUACGAUUCUAUGUAGAAUGUCCAAAAGCCGUCACAAACCCGCGAUCCGGGGCCAAACGCGGCUGGAGGGCAACCGGCUGGGGCCGGCGGGCCGGCGCUCUCCCCGGGCCGAGGCAGAGCGAGGCCGCGGCGGGCGAAGGGUUACGGGAGCCGCAUGCGCCGGGCGGGGCGGUGCUGGGCGGGGCUGGCUCGGGCCUGAGCCGGGCUGGCUCGGGGCUGCGCCUCGCCGCUGCCCGCCGCGCUCUGGGGCAGUGGGCGGCGCUGGGAUGCCGGGCCGGGAGGCGGAGAUGCAUCCAGUCCUAAAGGCCUUUGUGUGCGGCUCAAUCAGUGGCACUUGUUCCACGCUCCUCUUCCAACCCCUUGACCUGCUGAAAACUCGCCUGCAAACUCUGCAGCCUGCUGUGAAUGGGACUGGUCGUGCUGGGAUGGUAACGCUGCUCUUUAGGGUUGUUCGUACUGAGAGUAUUCUGGGGCUCUGGAAAGGUGUCUCUCCAUCCUUUGCAAGAUGUAUUCCUGGGGUUGGGAUUUACUUCAGCACUUUGUACGUGAUGAAGCAAAAGUUUCUUGUGGACCGUUCGCCCACAGCCGUGGAGUCUGUCUUCCUGGGUGCUGCUGCUCGUGCAGUUUCUGGGAUUUGCAUGUUGCCAGUGACUGUAGUGAAGACCCGAUAUGAGAGUGGAAGAUUUGGUUAUGGGAGUGUGUAUGGAGCCCUGAAGAGUAUCUAUCAGACCGAAGGGGCUCGUGGCAUGUUCAGUGGGCUCACAGCAACGCUGCUGCGGGAUGCGCCCUUCUCUGGCAUCUACCUGAUGUUCUACACACAGACCAAAAACCUCACACCUCAGGACCAGCUGGAUCCAGUGGUUGUGCCCUUGCUGAAUUUUGGCUGUGGGAUCUUUGCAGGGAUCUUGGCCUCUUUGGCAACACAACCUGCUGAUGUCAUCAAAACACACAUGCAGCUGUCACCCCAAAAGUACCACAGGACAAGCCAGGCCAUUGCCUUUAUCUACAAGGACUUUGGGCUGGUUGGCUUUUUCCGAGGCGGUGUGCCCCGAGUUCUCAGGCGCACUCUGAUGGCAGCAAUGGCAUGGACGGUGUAUGAACAGAUGAUGGAAAAAAUGGGCUUGAAAUCCUGACUGAGCUGCACGAGAAAGGACCAGCUUCACUCCUUCUCCCGCUUGUGAUCAACUGGCACUGAGAAGUUCCCAGUUCCACAGAGGAAUAAGUCGUCCUCAGCCUGGAGGAAGAAAGCCCUUCUGAGAUGGGGUUAGGCCUUUUGGCAAGUAGAGGAAAGGAAGGAUUGGAUUUUUGUGUUGUUUGAUCAAUGCAUUCCAGAAGGACUGCACUUGCAGACUGCCAUGGGAAAUGGCAGGGUUUUCACAGCCUAGUAAUUAUGCUGAGAAGCCCCUUUUAAAAAUAACUCUGUGCUCACCACCUUUAUGCAAUGAGACAGUAUUAGAGCAAAAGUGUUUGAGGAGAAAACAGUGAUGACAGAACCUGCCAGCCUGUUCCUUGCCAGAAAGGCCACAGUAACCACCAUUUGAUAUAGAUCCUCCUUCCUAAUGUGCUUUAUUCUUAUAGAGGAACACCAGGCCCUGGUGGGAAACUGGAUGUGUGUCGUGGUGCUUAUAUUGCGGAGUGGGUGGAAAGAAAUGAAGUUCAGAGGAAAAGCUACAAACAUGGUCUCUGACAUCACUUUUGUACUGUGGGUGGUCACAGAGAAAGUAACUGGAACCGCCUUGCUGUGUUAUGUGUUAUUAUGUUAUUGAGCACCUUAACACUCUUGAAAUGUCCUUCUGCCUCUGCAGCGGAGUUUGAGAGUUUGCACAGGAAUUAAGAAGCAUAAGGCACUUUAGAAUUGAUUGCUACCAAAGUUCUACUUGUUCUCUAAAAAAAAAAGGAAAAAAAAAAAAAAAAGCUGCUGGUCUAACUACAGCAGGAACACUCAAGUGGGUUUUGUUGGGGUUUUUUCAUGCAGUUGUCAUAGAGACUUAUUUGUGUCUUAUUCUUUAUUUGUUAAUCCCUGAUCAACACCCUCAGUGUGAAGUGGUCCUUAAAUGUAGCUUUUAGGGCCAUGGCUCAUAAUGCAUAAAUGUAUAAUGGAAACAGAUGUACAUACUGGCACUUCAGAUUUCCCUUAAAACAUCGCUGAUUGCAUGUGGAGUAUGUUUUGGUUUGAAAAGAAAAGGUUGCUAUUUCUGUAAGCUUUCUCCAAAGUUUGAGCCCUGUGGGUGCUUGGUAGUGACCUUUAAUUCCCUUAGGGGCUCCACACAGACCCUUCCCAUUUUCCUGGCUGAGCCUUUUCUCAUAUCAGGUAGUCUGUGUUCAAGUAUGCCUGAGUUUAAACACACUUUUCAUCCUCUGUGCCUUCUUACUCUUUCCUACUGUGUUACUCAGACCUCACAGUGUGUGCCAGGUGCAGCCUGAUCGCCCUUUACUUGUGCCUCUGUGGUGGGUUGGGUCCCUUGCAGCUCUGUUAGCAUAGCCACGAAGCUGGCAUGGAAGUGUGCAUCCUGUUCUGUAGUGUGCCUUGCAGAAGACUUAGCUUUGGCUUUUAUUUUCUUAAAUAUCUAGGGUUAUUGCAAUUCACUUUAGAACCAGAGCACCUGUCUCUAAACAUGAAGAUAUGGCACUGUAGCUGUAUGAACAACCGGUGCUACCUGCUGUUCAUAAAUUUUAGAGUGUAUUUUGGACAAUCAUUGCCUGCCCAGGCAACUUCCUGAGUGCAAGAACAGAGGGGAUGUGGGUUGUUAAAGGUGUUCUUCACCAGAUUUCAACUCCAAAAAUGCUUGAUGACUGAUGUAAAAGUUGAGGGAAGUGUAAGAGGACAGGCUAGAGGCUUGGAAAGUGCUGCCUGUUUUCAGACUCAGCCUAUCUAUGAAGAGAGUCUGGUGCUCUGCAGUGCAGGAGUCUCCAAGAAUGGGUGGUGGAGGGUUCUGUGUGCACAUCUAUGUGUUAGCAACAGAGCACUGCAUCAAAUCAGGCACGUGGCACGUUGUUUGCUAAAUCCUAAAUGUGAACACCUGUUUCUUUCUUUUGCUGUUACUUCUGCCCUUAGUGACCAGAACUUGUGAAAGUGCAUGAAACCAUGGUAACUGCACAUCCUGCUUGUUUGCUAUCCUGAGCACUACUGACACAAAGCUGGGGAACCAAGUCUAGGAUUGCUGACCUGGCAGAAUAAGGUGGCAAUUAGAUGAGUUGCCUCAUUUGCCCUUUAUUCCCCUAUGUAUGGGAUCAAACCAGCAUUGUGCUGGGAGCCUGAAUUUAUUUGGUGCUUUAUAAAUCUGGCGUGAGUGGGUCUGUUGAACAUCCUGGGCUGUGGUAGCCAAGGGCAGUGUGUGGGGUCACCUGCAAGGUGACCUCACACAUAUUUUGUUCCUGAUUUAGCAAUGGCAACGCAAUGUGCAACCUGUGCAGACAGAAACUAAAGCUCUUAAAAAUGAGGCAGGCAAGCAAAGAAUGCGAGGUAAUCUGGAAUUAAAUAAGAUCCUCAUCAGAAAUCUGAAUUUCAGGAACACUUUGGUGGCUUUUAUGUCCCUGUACUCCUGCCUGGUCAAAGGAAGAAGUAGAGAGUUUAUUUCCAUGUGUUAAUGUUUUAAGGUCUACUGUGGGGUUGUUUGUUUGUUUGUUUUAAAUCUGGAAUCAGGCGUAAAGCAGUGUUAGCUUUUACUUUGGGAAAGUUUUUCCAUUCUGCUUUGGUACUUUGUUAUUGAAGUAAAGUGAAAAGCUA